CGUGCUAGUCCACUUCUCGUUACUGCUUAAUGGCAUCUUUCAAGAACACGAUCUCUACUUUGGUUCAACUUUCAAGAACCGCCUCAUCAUGCCUUCUCUCUCGAUCAAGAACCCACAUUUUCUACAUUUCCUUGCUUCUUCUUUCAGUCUUCUUUGUUUCAACAUCACUCACCGAGCGUUCACCAACCGCAUUAGCCUCAGCAAUGGCCGCCCGCCUUCGCCGUGCUGCGAACUACUUUUCUUCCUUCUCCCCCGUUUCUUCUUCCAAUACUUGUCUCGUCUCUGACCUGCGAAGUAACUGUACUCUUUCUUCGGUUACCACGGUCGAAAGAGCUCCUGGGAAUUCGGUAAAAGAUGGAAGAUAUGUGAUAAAAGACCUUGGUUCUUGUGAUAUCUUCAAUGGGAAUUGGGUGUUGGAUGAUUCUGACCCUGUUUACCAACCAGGGUCUUGUCCCUACAUUGAUGAUUCUUUUAACUGCUACAAGAAUGGCCGGGUAGAUUUCAGUUACCUUAGAUACCGGUGGAAGCCUUUUGAUUGUCAAAUCCCAAGGUUUGAUGGGAGGAAAAUGCUGAAAAUGUUACGAGGUAAGAGACUGGUUUUUGUGGGAGAUUCUUUGAAUAGGAACAUGUGGGAGUCACUGGUCUGUGCAUUGAGAGAAUCAUCGAAAGACAGGAGAAGAAUCUUUGAAGUUUUCAGGACUCAAGGCUUAUAUUCUUUCAGAUUCAAAGAUUACAAGUGCUCAAUAGACUUCGUCAAAUCACCCUUCCUUGUCCAAGAAUGGAAAAUCUCUGAUAAAAUUGGGACCCGAAGAGAGACACUGAGACUUGACAUCAUUCAGGGUUCCAAGUACAGUGAUGCUGAUAUAAUUGUCUUCAACACUGGUCAUUGGUGGACUCACCAGAAAACUAACAAAGGCAAAAAUUACUUCCAGGAAGGAAGCCAUGUCUACAGCAGAUUGGAAGUAAAAGAAGCAUUUGCAAAGGCAUUGAGGACAUGGGCAAAAUGGGUUGAUGUUAACAUUGAUAGGAACCGCACCAGGGUCUUCUUCGUGGGAUACUCAGCUUCUCACUUCAGGAAAGGGCAGUGGGAUACUGGUGGGCACUGUGACGGUGAAACAGAACCUAUAGCAAACGAGGCAAGCCCUGCACCAUAUCCAUGGAUGAUGAACAUCCUGGAAUCUGUAAUAGCAGGAAUGAAAACACCAGUGUUUUAUCUCAACAUCACCAAGAUGACAGCCUACAGAAAAGAUGGGCAUCCUUCGAUUUAUCGACCAGCAGAGAUCCCGAGGAACCCCAGCAUGAUCCAAGAUUGCAGCCACUGGUGCCUCCCAGGUGUUCCAGAUUCCUGGAAUGAGCUUCUCUAUGCCACCCUGCUGAUAUCAGGCCAUUGACCUAGCAAAUAAACACCAAGCCUACCUCAUUGAUGAAGUUCUAGUUGAUUGGCAUUAUGGUUCUCAAGUGUAAUUCAGUGUUGCUAUACUCAUUUUGGAAUUGAUUAGAACAUUUUCAAGUGAAUGAAUGCUAUGAUUUUGUACCAAAAUUUUACCAUUUAGCUGUGUUAGGAAUAUCAACAGAAAAGGUGAGGGUAAAG